UUUUAUCGUAGCUAAACAAAAAUGGACUUCUUUGCCACUGGUGGCUUCCAGCAACUUUUCAGCGAUUUGAAUGACACGCAGCUGCAUGGAAAUUGGGCAGACCUUAGCACCGAAAUGGAUAGCAGUCAGACAUUCGAUAGUUACGAUUAUUGCGCACAACUACCCAUAGAGAGCAAUGAUCCUUUGAUGCGUCUCACCUACGCCGAUGAUCCUUUCGUGCUUGAUACCUCCACAAGGGAACAAACGCUGCUGGAAUUGCGCGCGGUUUGGAGUGAUAUUACAGCAGAGUCGCGUUUUAGUAAUAGCAACGACAAUAGUGUUAGCACAGAAUACCAUGAUUGCAAUAUCAUCAAUGAUAAAGAGCUGCAACUCACGCUCGAUCAGCUGCUCAGCUCACCAGCUGCAAUUACCUGCGAAGCAGUCAAAGACGGUGAUUCACCUGCGUCACUGCCACACAACACAUACAAUAACGUGAGUAGUCCCAGUAGCAUUGAUUCCACAACUGUUGUUGAGCUGGAGACGGCGGCCUUCAUUACACGCGAAAUGGCGGAAUGGGAGGAAAAGUUCUUGGACAAUUACAUCGAGAUACCGGAACUCAUUGACUUCCUGCCCGAAAAGACACCACUCUGUACCGAGACGUGUGAUCAUUUCCUGCACGAAAGUUCGAAGAAUCUAAAACUGCAUCGCAAAGUGAGAAGUGUGAAGCGUUCAAACGAGUCUAUCGCGAGUCACGAGGAGCGCACAGCUGCCGGUUACCCCUGCACCUUUGGCACGUGUGAUAAGAUCUACGCAAAGCCUGCACAUUUGAAAGCUCACCUGCGUCGUCAUAUGGGUGAGAAGCCCUACAGCUGUGAUUGGCCUGACUGCACGUGGAAAUUUUCGCGUUCCGAUGAGUUGGCGAGGCAUCGGCGCUCACACUCCGGCGUGAAACCCUACAAAUGCAAUUAUUGCAUGAAAUGUUUCGCCCGUUCCGAUCAUCUAACCAAGCAUCGUAAAGUGCACGAACGCCGUCUGUUGGCAGCGAGUAAGGCGGGGAAGACGAUCGAUGGUGUGCUGCCGCACAGUGUGUUUACGGUGCGGCCGGGACGAAAGCGGAAGAAUCAAAUAUGUUGA